GACUUCCCGAGUCACGAACGGGGAACGGUGUGCGAUGGUGCUGCCCACGCGUCGCGGGUCGCCGCUUGGCCUUCUCUACGUGUUUCGCGGCGUAGUUCAGGAACGGGGUCUGAGGCGCCGAUCACGGAGCGGGAGGGUUGCGGCUGCGGCCCUCCUGUGGGGAUCAAGGUCUGUGACUCGAGCCGGGCGUGGCCGUCGGACGCGCUAUCCGUGAUCAAAUCACCGGUCCUCGAGCCGAAAUUUCUCGGGACGCCGCGCAGCUGCCAGCGACAGGCGUAGGCCGUAGGAUGGGCGGCCUACGAGCUGCUGCCGCUGCUACAGUGCCUCCAAACAUCACAGGGCAUCACCUCGACGCGCCGCCGUACCAGGGCAGUUCGCGCGACGCACAGCCGACACCACCUACCUCCUCUAACUCUCUUUAUCCCCGACUUUUGUUCUUGAUCUCUCUUGCCCUCUGUUGCUGAUAUUAAGCUUGUCUUCGUCUCUCCUCUCAUUCGGCGAAGUCUCCCGAAAGCAACCUAACCCGUGGAGUGGAGCAUAUUUCUUCGAGGAACUUCGUCUACACGGUUCAACUACCCUUCAUAAGUCUUUUCGUCCGAUCAAUUUCAAUCCACGCGCUGCAGGAGCAAUCUGGGGCCAACAAUCCAUACCAUAGAACAGCGUGUCAUGAUCAAUGAAGCACAGAAAAAGAAGCUAACACGGAUUCAAAUUCUAUCUAAAAGGUUCAAGCUUUACUGCAGAAUACCACUUUAUAUCUCGUCCUCCGUCUCCGCCUCCAAUGAUGCAGGACUCGGCGGCCGCAGCCCCAUUCCAAGCGGCGGCCGCGAAGUCUCAGAUUCCGGAACCAGAGGAGAAGCUGCGAUGCCCAAGGUGCGACUCCACCAACACCAAGUUCUGCUACUACAACAACUACAACCUCUCCCAGCCGCGCCACUUCUGCAAGAGCUGCCGCCGCUACUGGACCAAAGGCGGCGCCCUUCGGAACGUUCCCAUCGGCGGUGGCACCCGCAAGAGCUCCAAGCGCUCCAAAACCUCCUCCUCCUCCUCUUCUGCUUCCAGUUCCAAGAGCUCCAGUCCCCCUAAACCCGGCCUUUCCCCGUCUGGACACGCACAACCUGAGCCCAUCUCCGUUAUGCUCCCGCCCCUCGACGCGGACCACCGAUUGCUCGAUACCAGUGGAAGUUUCAUCUCGCUUUUGGCAUCGAGUGGACACUUCGGAGGCCUCUUGAAUAGCUUCCUUCCGGGGGGUGGCGCCUCUGCUGGGGUGCGGAAUCCCAGUACUGUGAGCAGUUCAGGCGUCGAUGGCCAUGAAUGGGAAUUACAGAACUUCACUGGCAGCAGUGGCUCUGAGAGCAUAGCUGCGACAUUGUCAACUGAGAACUUGAGCUUGCAAGUUGAUUCUGAAUGCUGGACUGGAGCAUGGCCUGAUCUCUCCGUCUACAAUCCAGGCUCAAAUUUCCUCUGAAAAGAUCACCUUAAAGCCUUGUAGCAAUGUAUUAUUAAUAGGAAGGUGGAACUGAAAAAGAUCACCUUUUUAUUCUUCUUCUUCCUUGUCACAGGUAACUGAACUGCUUAUGAUACAUAUCAUGCUUAAUGGUAUGGUUAGUAUAUAGUUUUUGAGAA